AGUGUUCUAGUAGCCAACACCAGGGAGUGGCAGAAGUGGCAGGUUGCCUUUCCUCAGGGAGGCAAAUGUACGCUGGAAUAUUUGCACCUGUUGUGAAACUCGGGGAGAUCUCAAGGCUUUUGAGGAAAUUAGCAAACCAGAAGGAGCAGGCAUUGCACGGAAGUUCAGUAAACUCCUGACUUUGCAGAGUGGAAGUUGACCCGGUGUGAGUCUGCAUUAUCUGCGCGGCUUCUGACCCAGGAAUGUGAACCUCAGGACAGUGACCCACACACAGCAAGGAACGCUUCCAAACUCCACACUCUCCAGCGUGGACAUCAAUGGCGAACUUCAAAGGACACGCUCUUCCCGGCAGCUUCUUCCUGCUCUUUGGCCUGUGGUGGUCCGUGAAAUAUCCACUCAAGUUCUUAACAAGAAAAACCAAGAGCUCCAGGUUGUGCUUGAAUCGAGCGGAGCUGGUGGAAGGGGUGCUGAAGGUCAUUUUCUCAGUUGUGGGAAUUCUAGCUGAGCAGUUUGUCCCGGAUGGACCCCACCUACACUUACUGAGCCAGGACAGGCAAUCCUGGGUCAAACUGAUGAACUGGCAGCACAGCACCAUGUACCUGUUCUUUGGCAUCUCCGGCAUCGUGGACAUCCUCACAUACUCCUCACUCAAGAUUCCUGUGGGCUUGGAUCGCCUGGUGCUCUCACUGGCCGUGUUCAUGGAAGGUUUCCUGUUUUACUUUCAUGUUCACAACCGGCCUGCCCUGGACCUGCACAUCCACUCACUGCUGCUCACCGCUGUGUUUGGGGGCUCGCUCAUCAUCAUGCUGGAAGUGUUCCUGCGAGACCACAUCGUCUUGGAGCUGUUCAGGACCAGCCUGGCCAUCCUGCAGGGCACCUGGUUCUGGCAGAUUGGCUUUGUCCUUUACCCUCCCAGCGGUGGGCCUGAGUGGAGCGAAACUGACCACGGCAAUGUGAUGUUCAUCACACUGUGUUUCUGCUGGCACUUUGUAGUUGCCAUGUGUAUCGUGGCGAUGAAUUGCACACUGAUCUACUGUUUGAUGCAGGUCAGGUCCAGGAGAACUGUGACUCUGGAGCUGGAACAGCUGAGGGGCUCGGAGAAGAACUCCCUGCUGAGCAGUUCUGACAUCGAGUGAGGUGAAGACCUUGAUCGACCAGCGGCUCCUGCACACCCACCCGUCAUGUUCACAAGUCGAUGAUUUUUGUUUCAGUUUUCUGAAUUGUGAACUUUUAAAAUGUAGUUUGUUCCUUGAACGACAUUGAUUCACUGAUUGUACUGGGAGUGGGAAUGAGGGGCUGGGGUACCUGUUGUGAAAUAGCUCUGGUGAUGGGGAUCCAUCAUGGGAUCGUUGGUAGGCAGUGAGUCUCGACCAGAUUAGAGCAGUCAUUCCUCAUAGCAGCAAACUGGCAGGUUCUGAAUAAGAGCGGCUCUUUUCUUCAUGAUGGAAACUACGGAAUGAUUUCACCACUGAAACUGGUAUCAGAAUGUAGAGUGCAGAAAUCUUUUUCUUGCAUCUGACAAUCUACUUACUCUUUCUGGAUGAAAUAUAAACAGCUUCCAACUGUGUACGAAAGAACUGCAGAUGCUGUUUUAAUCAAAGGUAGACACAAAAUGCUGGAGUAACUCAGCGGGACAGGCAGCAUCUCUAGAGAGAAGGAAUGGGUGAUGUUUCGGGUCGAGACCCUUCUUCUCACUGUGAAUGCUUGGUACUGUACAAACUGUAGCAGCUUGUAACUGCUUUGAAUACCACCCAGGAGAGGAAUUUGAAUUAAAGUUGAUUGAGCUGCAGUUUUGGACUAAAUUUAAAUACCUAUUCUCCACCUCUCAUCUCCAAUGAAAUAUCCCCUUAUUCUGCAAUAAACAAUUUGUAUUUUUAACUUAAAUUUUACAACUCUUGAGAGUACAUCAUGGGUUAGGAUCGGUGCCGAUAUGGGACUGGAUCAGUGUCGAUAUACAACGUUGUGUUCAGGGAGUGAUAGGGAACAGGUCAAAGCCAAAAGAGCAAGUGAUACGAUUCAGGUGACUAUGAGGGUGGUGCAGCAUUAGAGUUGCUGCCUCACAGCGCAUGAGACCCAGGUCCAAUCCUGACUACAGGUCUGUACAGAGUUUGUACAUUCUCCCUGUGACUACAUGGGUUUACCUGGUAGUUAGGGUGCUCCGGAUUCCUCCCACACUCCAAUGACGUACAGGUUUGUAGGUUAAUUGUCUUUGGUGAAUAUUGUAAAUUGUUUCCAGUGUUAAUGCUAAUGUGUGGGGAUCGCUGGUCGGCAUGUACUCGGUGGGCCGAAGGACCUGUUUCCGUGCUGUAUCUCUAAAACAACAACUAAAAGAAUGUAUCUUUGUUGUGAA